CUUUUAAAUGUCCCGACGAAACGCCUUAUUUGUACAGCGAUAUUCCUCCGCUUAUCCUACUACAAAUAAGUAGUCCGUUUGCUCCUUCGUCGAUGAGUCGAUUGGGUUUUGGUGCGAAAUAAACACAGUCAAGCAAAAAUCGUGUUUUAAUUAGAUGCUUUGUUUUUUUUACAUCACAUGUUCAAGUACAUGUACAAGAAACAGCCUAAUGUUGGUGUCCCGCGCGCGUGUUGUAGAAGCGGAGGGAUAUUGUGCUUGUAAACAAUGCAUUGAUAAUUUUGAAACUCGUCCGCCAGCCCGGUUCCUGUGGUCACUUGUGGUGCGGCUAUACGAAUUACAAGUAACAAUUAUAAUAUAUUUCAUUGCUGCAUGAGAAUCUUUAGAAAUUUUUAGGGUGAUGUGAUUUUGCACAUGAGUUGGAAAGAGGCCGUGGAGGAAUUAUAAUGCUCUCCACACUGAGCUCGGCGACGUGUAGCGUGGCCCUGCCGCCGGUAAAACAACAAGCUAAACAUGACGUGCCGCCUUUCGAGAAGGUGUACCGACUGGGCACGGUGCUGGGUAGCGGCGGUUUCGGUACAGUAUACUCGGGGGUCCGCGUGGCAGACGGCGUGCCGGUGGCAGUGAAACACGUUUGCCGAGACAGAGUGGUUGAGUGGGGCUCUUUGUGUGGCACCGUGGUUCCGCUGGAGAUCGUACUCCUUAAGAAGGUGGGAGAAGCAUUCAGUGGUGUAGCGCGACUCCUGGACUGGCAGGAGCUCGCUGACGGCUGGUUGAUAGUGUUGGAGCGUCCUGAGUUGGGCCAAGACCUCUUCGACUACAUCACAGAGCGCGGUGCGCUUGAUGAGGCAGUGGCGCGUGGAUUCUUCCGCCAGGUGUUGGAGGCAGUGCGCCACUGUUAUGCAUGCGGCGUCGUUCACCGUGACAUCAAGGACGAGAACCUGGUGGUUGAUUUGCGCACAGGCCAGAUCAAACUCAUCGACUUUGGAUCAGGCGCGCUGCUGCGAGAUGGACUUUAUACUGACUUUGAUGGCACUCGUGUGUACAGUCCCCCAGAAUGGAUACGUCUCCGUCGCUACCAUGGCCGAUCUGCUACCGUGUGGUCUCUGGGGGUACUUCUGUACGACAUGGUAUGCGGUGACAUCCCCUUUGAACAUGACCGCGACAUUGUCAGCAGGCGACUGUGCUUCAACUCCAACCUUUCUGCAGAUUGCCAGCAGCUGAUUGGCUGGUGCCUCAGCCUGGAGCCAUGCGACCGUCCAACUCUUGAGCAGAUCUUUCUGCACUCGUGGGUGACAUGUAAUAGUAGCAAUGAGGAAGAGGAGGAAGAAGAUGGUGUCACACAAGAAGGGUCAUCCCAGGAAAGCCUCUGAUAGUGUUAAAGCCAGAAAGCGGGUGCUGGUGUUCUCAGGUUUUUUUCCCCCCAUGUUGUAGCAAUUGUCAGAUCCUCAUGCACAGUCAAUGCAAACUUCUGUAAUUUCUGGAUGUAUUUGCUUUUUAUGCAAUUCUAUUUUGUACAUUUGUUGUAUUUAUAGAGAGAAUAUUCAACAUUCUUUAUUUAUACUCUUUUUGCUUGGGAGUAUCAAGUUUCAAUGUUUUUUAAAUAUAUAACUCUUGCUGAGCUGGGCACCUUUCGAAUUUUUUAAUUACAUUGUGUUUUUACAAUAUGCAUUUUUUUUAAAAACACAUUUUUUAAUUAAAUCUUUUGGAUACAAAA